AUAAUAAUCUCAUUUCCUAUUCACAGUAAAAUAAUAUCAGGGUUAAAGUUACUCCAAGUUACUCCUCGUCACCGCCGUCACCACCGGCGGCGGCCCGCUGCAUACCCUUCUCCCUCUACUUCGUCUUUCAUCUCACCCUCUUGCGCAACUCUCUCUCCCUCGUGCUCCUCCACCGCCACCUUUGCCCCGGAGCCACGCCGCGCCAGUAUCGCCGCCGGAAAGCGUCGCCGUUCAUCAGGAACGCCGCCAAUCCGGUUCCGCUCUUCUUCACGAAUUUCUCUAUUGAAUUUUCUUCGGUUGGAGGAGUACCCGUACGUGCUUCGUUCUUAGUCAAACAAUGGGCGAUGAAAGUGAAUUAGGAGAUAAGAUUGGAACAUUUAUACUUCCACUUCUCAAAAAUAUUGAAGAAAGUUUCGAUUUUAUGAUCAGCAAAAGUCGGUUGAAGAUUAUACUAUCUGGUUUUCCAAAUGCAGACCUUCUAUGUAUUCUGCUUGAUUCAGGAUACUUGAAAAUCACAAACGUAGACGAGAGGAAAAAUGUUUUGCAAGAAUUGCGAGAAACGGUGUGGGAGUGGUAUGCAGAUAAAGUCUCAAUAGUCUUGUUCAAAAGUGGUGAUAUGUGCUCAAUUGAUGGCUACGGCAUUAUUCAGUGUAUCGUAGAUAAUGACCCAAAGAUUGAUGAAGAAUACUGUCAUAGGGUGGAUGAAUUACUAUUGGAAGGUGGAUCAAAACUUUUUUUAUGUUUAAGAAAAUUGGAUGACUUGACGAUAUUAUUGUCCCGAUUUGAACGUGGAUACAUGAUGACAAUUACGUCGAUUGGGAUUGAUAACCUAUUUCUGGUGAUAUUCGAGAAGCUUUCUCCUAUGCUUGCUGACUGGAGAUUUCUAAUUGAUCAUAGUCAAUUGGAGUCUCAAUCUUUCUUGGAUCUACAAAUGUUGUGCGUUCAGGAAAAUAAAAGACGAAAGGAUAUGAGAGAAUUAAUCGUUACCUCAGACGCAAUUAAGGCUGGAAUUCUCAAGUUCGCCAAAUAUGCUACUGGUGAAAUAGUUAUUCCAUCAGACAUGGUUGAUUUGGAGGAAUUGCAAGUUGUGAAAAUUGAUCGCCAUUUGAAGUUCGCUUUAAGCACUGACAACAAUAAGUAUAUGAUUUCAAUAUAUGAUUUGAUGAAGCUUUUAUCAGUGAAACAGUUUUGUACAAUCCUCCUUCUAGAUAAUACUGUAACUGAUUCAGCUGCCCGGGAAAUCACGAGUCAUCCACAACAUUACAUCUCUCUUGUGAAAGCUAAUACAUGUCGGCUUGUUGUGAUAAGGCAAUGUGAACCUGCAAAAUACCUGAACACUAAAGCCAAUGUCAUGCUUGAUUUGGGUGACGUUUGCAGUAAACUAUCUCCAAACGGCAACCAGGUCAACACACACUGGAAAUGGUUAGAUCAAAAGACAUUCAAUGAUAUUCAAAUCACUUUGGCUUAUGAAAUGAGGCGUCGUCAUGCAUUCGAUGCAUCUUUAAUGGAAUCUUCCCCUUCUGCUCACUGAUUUUAAGAAAUCGUGACGGGGGAAUCAAGGAGGAAACAAAAGCCCACUAACAUAGCCCAAGUGAGGUUCUAUCCUAAAAUCAAUUGGCAAUAGGAGGAGUAGCCCACUUAGGUUCUAAACUAGAAACUCUUUGCUUCAUCUUUCGAUGUGGUACACAAUUACUCUCACUUGCUUUUUAACAAAUCCCCCCUCAAGUGUAAGCCACUCCCCCUUGAACAGAAUGGGCUAAAGCACCUAGACCCUAACCACGUAGGAGACACCAACUGGCAGGCCAUAACCGAAACAAGCCCACAGACAACAGACGGGGGAAUCAAGGAGGAAACAGAAGCACACUAACAUAGCCCAAACAAGGUUCUAUCCUAAAACCAAUUGGUAAUAGGAGGAGUAGCCCACUUAGGUUAUAAACUAGAAGUUCUUUACUUUCUAACAUUUUACCUGUACUUGUGCAAUGUAUUCUGAACCUUCUCAUCAGUUUCGUCUUCUAGUAUGCUUAAUGCCACAAAUAUUGCCAGUAUGAAGAAUACAUUUGAUUGACCCGAUUAAAAGGGGGAUUGCUUACUUAUA